UUAAAGGUUUUAUUGGAUUUAAUGAAGUGUUUGACAGGUGUAAAUGUAAUGUAAAAAGACUAAAUCAUUAAGUAAUAAUUCAAAACAGUUGUUGAAAAAAUGCGAGAAAUGGAAUGUAAUCUUGCUUAUUUAGAAAAACCUGAUGGUUCUGUCACAUUGUCUCAUGGGCAAACCAAAGUUAUAAGCGCUGUUUAUGGUCCAGUUGAAGUUAAAAUGAAUAAAGAAAUUACUGACAAAGCAACUAUUAUAUGUAUAUUAAAGCCAAAAAUUGGAAUGUCAGCUGUUAAAGAGAAGGUUAUGGAGAAGAUAGUUGCUAAAACUUGUGAACAAGCAAUUAUUGCAAGUUUGCACCCACGUUCUGCAAUCCAAGUUGUUCUUCAAAUUGUACAUGAUUCUGGUUCUCUUUUAUCUUGUUUAAUUAAUGCUGCCUGCUUAUCUUUGGUACAUGCUGGUUUACCUAUGCGAAACAUGAUUGUUUCAGUUUGUUGUGCUGUCACUAAUAAUGAUGAAUAUCUUGUUGAUCCUACCAUUGCUGAAAUACAGGAUUGCAAGUGUGUGUUAACGUUUGCUUUCGAAUCAAAAAAUCUAGACAUUGUCUCGAUAUUUACAUCAGGGUUAUUCACCGUUGAGCAGUACUUUCAAUGUCUUCAGUUAGCGAAAGCCAGUGCACCCGACAUACUUAAUUUUCAGCGACAAUCUGUUGUAAAGUUUUUAUCAAAACAGACUAACGAUAUCGAAGUUGAUUAUCAAGAUAUCGAUGAAUAACUUCUGAUUUUUUUCUGAAUUGUCGACGCUGACGUUAUAAACCUAACAAGUGUCGAUGUAGAUCUAAGGUUUUUAAAGGAAAUGAUUUCAUAAUACACAAGGUUAUAGAAGCAUCUAAAAAACUUUAUUAUAAACUAAUAUUAAAGUAUAAUUGAAAAAAGAAAUAAAAUGUAUUUUAAAAAAGGUAAUAAUUUAUGCGUGUCGAAAUUAUAGUAAUUAAUACACCAGUUCGAGCUU